AUGUUGCCUCACGACAACGCCAUGGACAAAGGUUUCGAUACUCUUGGAAACCCGAAUAAAACUCAAAAAACAAAACACCAGAAAAAAUCAGUCAAUCUCGAACUCAAAUUACAGUACAACACUCCACGAAAAACUCGAAAAAACAGCAAAAUGUCGACGAAAAGGCAGCGGAACGAGAACGUCAAAAGCAAAUUCAAACAUCGGAUAUGCCGACCAAAGAUGAGCCCAUGAUACGAUCCGUUACUGAAUCUUACAAUGUUCGUGGCCUUUUUUGGCUCCAAGAAUGUUUCGUUCGGAUUAAAAUCCUGAUAAGGAAAGUCUAAAAAAACUGAGAACGGGCUUUAAUUUUCUCAAAAAAUGUUUGGCCUACUUCUUUUUCGAGUUAUAGCGCCUCAGAGUUCAUAAACUACUAACUCAAUGAGAAAAAAAAAAUGGUUUCGACGUCUUCAAGACUCGGCUUAAAGGGCGAAAAAUGUUUCGGAGAAAUGGAAAUAAGCUAAAUUGGCCCAGCAAGUUCUCAGAGUUUUUCCUUUGUGCCUUCGUAGACUUUAACAUUUUCAUGAUUCUACUGAACCUUGCUCUGAAUAAACUGGCAAAAGUUAGAAUUUCCCAAAAAAAAAAACUCGAAGUUUGACAAAUCAGAGAAGAUAUCCUUUUUUCAGCUUGAAAUUUUCUUGAGAUCGUCUAUCAAAAUAGGCUUUAGAAAACUUGCAACUUCUUAGAUUUUUUCUCUUGCAAUCCCUUUUGAACGAUUUUUUGACCUUGCUCUGAAUGAACUGACAAAAGUUGAAGCUUUCAAUGUUAACUAAAAGUUCGAAGAAUAUAUCAUAUAGCGAAAUGCGGAAUUUCGUACCGGAAAUGUUCAGCCUCUGAAUAAAAUAACAAAAAAAAUAACUUGAAAUGUGACAGAUCGGAGAAGAACUCGGCCGCGGCUCUUUUGGGGCUGUCUAUCGGGUCAAACGGGUCUCCGACAGUAAAAGCUACGCGAUGAAGUGCGAGUCAGUUCAUGUUAAGAAGCAGGUAAAACUUAUUUUUCCGCUUUCAAAAAAUGCAUCUCUUAUUAUAAGUGUUUUCCUGGAAAGACCUGUUUGAAAGUCUCUUCUUGAAAUACCAGUCGAAAAAUAUUUCAGAUCCUAGCCCACGAAGCGAAGGUUCUACAGAGCCUCAAUUUGCUUAAAUCUGUACAUUUCGUGCAGAUGAUCGACCGUGGCAAAGUGCCCAACCGCUUCCUUUUUAUCAUUCUCAGAUUGGUAGUUCUAGUGGGACAAUUGGGAGAAUGGUGAUGUUUUCUAGGUUGGAAAGAACUUAUGGGACCUCAGAACCCAAGAAUUACCCAACAAAAAGUUUACUCUGAACACGGCGCUCAAAAUUGCUGUACAGACCUUGGCUGGGAUUCGGGACCUACAUCGGGUUGGAUUUUAUCAAACUUCUCAAAUUAACUCGGACAUUGGUAAGGCGAAACGGACGUUUCUGGGCAUUUCUAGGGAUCACUUAAGGGUGCUGACGCUACUAAAUUGGUCACUAGAAACGCCCAGAAAUGUCCGGAGCACGUCCGUUUCGCGUUACCAAUGUCCGAGAAAACUUUUAAAAAAACUUUGUUCCGUGGUUUGAAAAAGUUGAGAAAAAUUUCAGAAAAUUUGUAAGACAAUGAUCCUUCUCAUUCAUUUCCUAGAAGUUCGUGUGCCUCUUAAAAUGUGAAAAUGGUUUUUGAACGACAGAAAAGUGAUCAAAUUUCAUAAAAAAAAGGAUCUUCUCUGUUCUCUCAAAAUUUUUAAUGUAAAAAGUCCAUUUAUGAUAACCCUUUAAUGAUAAACCUACACCUGAUACCUUAAGAAAAUCUCCAACUCUGACAGAUUUUUUGAAGGUUGGCUACCUCCACCGCGACAUAAAGCCGCCCAACUUUGCGAUUGGCCGAGAAUGCGACAACGCCCAUCACAUUGUCUACGUGCUCGAUUUUGGACUUUGUCGGAAAAUAUGGUGAUUCUAGACUUCUUCAGGAACUUUCAAAAGGUUCAUUGUUCAGCCACAAAGGCGUGGAUUUGCGAACACCUCGAGAACAUUGUGCUUUCCGUGGAACGACCAGAUAUGCCAGUAUGGCCGCUCAUGAAGGGGUUGGUCACUUUAUAACAGAAAAAUCUACUUUUUUAUUGAAAACUUGUUGAUAAUUCGUUUGAAAGCUUCUAUAGAGAUCUCGGAAAAAUUGAAUUGAAGAUAUUUUUAGAUCUUAAGAGCUAGAAGCCCCAAUAGCUCAUUCAGACGUCUUCCAUGGCGAUUCUGAUUUUGAAAAAGCUCGAAAGUUGAAAAACUGGGCAGGUUAUAACUUUUGAAAGCGCUAAAAAAAAUGAGACGUCCAAAAAUCUUAAAAAUCCUCCUUUGUAAGAUACUAAAAUCUACCAAACCCCUAUAAAAAUCACAAAUUUUUUGAAUUUAGAAGGAGCAAUCGAGGAAAGACGACUUGGAGGCCUGGUGGUACAUGAUUUGCGAAAUGAUCAUCCACGACUUGCCAUGGAGGGCCGCCAAGGCCAACGAACGCGAGAAAGUGUACGACGCCAAGCAGAAGCUCAGAAGCGAUGACAACGCCUUAAAGGAGGUUAAAAUGAAAUUAGAAACAAAAGGAGAUGAUAACAACAAAAUAUAAAUCAUUCAGUUGUUCAAAAAGUGUCCCCCGGAGCAGAAAAGCCCCUUGGAUCAGAUGACGGCCAUUUUGUCGUACCUCGACGGACUUUGCUACGCCAGCAUUCCCGACUACGACUACAUCCACGAAAAUAUUGCUUUCGCUUCUGCUGUUUGUUUUUUUUUAUUCAUUUUUAUUCAUGGAAUCUAGGCCAAUGAAUUCAACGACAAAACGCCUCUGGACUGGGACAAGGACCACGAUUUCGCAGGACCAAAGUACAAGAAAAACGAGGAAUAUAUCAUCUCAGCGUUGCUUCUACCAUGA